UGCUCAUCAGAAGGGUGCUUGCUUUUGAGCCACUGUUUUUUAUGAAGUGGCCAGUCAUCUGGCCUGGCCGUUUGUGAACAAGCCACAGGGGCCUGGGAUGUGCUAAAACCUUGAGACUGUGGGGGCGGCUUCUUAGGAAUCCAGUAUCUGGGCUCACAGGAAAGAGUACGUCAUAGUUUUACAUUUUCCCAUCAGCCUCAACAAGGACAAACAUUUCCGCUUCAGGGCACAGCUAGGGUGGGGCUUGGAUGACUUCCUUACUUCAGAGCUGUGUGCUGAGGGGGGAGGCCUUUGGCUCAGCGGGAAAGACCCAGGCCUAGCAUAGCCAUGAGUCAGUGGUGAAUCUAAAUCCAGUCUCUUGACCUUUGCUGACCCACUCAGGUGCCCUGGGACUUGUCCGCAGCUGGCCACACUUCCUUCAUGCCCCAGUAUCUAGAAUAUGAUGCCUCUCUCCCUAGGGAUGGUUGCUUCCCAGGGAUGCCAGAGGCUCUGUUGCUUCCGUCAGGACUCAACUCUCCCACUCUGGGAGGCAUGGGGCUGCCCCCUCCCAGGCAAACUAAGCCUGAGCUCUGAAAACCACACUUAGGGGUGAGAAUUUUCCUGAGGAGGUGAUGUCUCAGGCCUGGCUAUCCCGGUCUUAAAUUGAACCCGUAGGGAAGGGACUGGGAAGGCUGAGGUCUUGAGUUCUGAACCCCAUGUAGGCAGGAGCCGGCACUAGGACCCUCCAACUCUUCUUAGGGCUCUUCUGAAAUAUUUUUCUGGGCGGAUAGGGAGAUGGGCGGGGCCUCCUCAGGCUCAGCUCCAGUUUCCAUGGAAACUCACAGGCUUCCAACCCAGCCGCUGCCUGGGCAGGCUCCCAACCUGGGCCUCAUCUACCACCAGCUUCUCCGGGAUCAUAGGCCUUUCUAGCCUCAGCUUCUGUGGGCCCUCUCUGUAGUACCUGCAUCCCUUUCCUGAACCUCAGGCCUUCAUUAGGGGCCUGGGCCUCUUUUCUCCUUGACCUUCAGCUCCUCCACACACAGGCCUCCACAGCUCCUGCCCUCCCUCUCAGGCCUCUCCCCUCACUAGCUCUUGGCCUGGUUGGGCCUCCUAGGCCAUCCCACCCUUUGCUCUGCUGCUCAUCCCACAAAUGGAGAACCCAGGACUGACUGUGCGUGGGCAGGCUGCACCCUUUUCCUCAGCGCUCCGAAGCCUUGUCAACAACCCCCAGUACAGCGAUGUCUGCUUUGUGGUUGGCCAAGAACGGCAGGAGGUAUUUGCCCACCGGUGCCUGCUGGCCUGCAGAUGCAACUUCUUCCAGAGACUCCUGGGCACAGAGCCAGGCCCGGGGGUACCUAGUCCUGUGGUGCUAAGCACUGUGCCGGCUGAGGCCUUCUUAGCUGUGCUGGAGUUCCUAUAUACCAACAGUGUCAAGCUGCACCGCUACUCUGUGUUGGAGGUGCUGACAGCAGCUGUGGAAUAUGGGCUGGAGGAACUUCGAGAGUUAUGCCUGGAGUUCGUGGUGAAGGUGCUGGAUGUGGAGUUGGUCUGUGAGGCCCUGCAGGUUGCUGUGACCUUUGGCCUGGGGCCGCUGCAGGAGCGGUGCAUAGCCUUCAUAGAGGCUCACAGCCAGGUACAGCUCCCCAUCUUUAUACUUGCGGCCUGUCUCUCCCCCACGCCAUUCACUUCUGCCCUGAUCGAAACACCGAUCCCUAGGAGGCGCUCCGCACCCGUGGCUUCCUGGAGCUGUCGGCCACUGCGCUGCUGCCCGUGCUACGCAGUGACAAGCUCUGCGUGGAUGAGGCUGAGCUGGUCAAGGCUGCCCGAAGCUGGGCACGCGUGGGCGCCGUGGAGCAGAUUGUGGAGGCGUGGAAGUGCCACGCCCUACGGAGAGGAGAUGCGGUCCGAGGCGCACCGUGCCGUCGGCGAAGGGGAACCCUGCCCCGGGACCACCACCGUUUUCUGGACCUUCGUUUCAAAUGACCUACUUCCGGAACUUGGGAGGAAUUCGAUCACAACCCAAACUACAGCUCCCGAGGUGCUCUGCGCUCGAGGCGGGCUUCCGCCCCCAGCAAGCCCAGCCAGCCGGAUGUCGGAAGAGUAGUGCUCAGUCUGGAGCAAAGCUUAAAGCCUCCGCCUAGAAGUAGGGGCGGGGCAGUGGGCACAAGGUUAGGGCCGACGCCCCGAGACCGGAAGCGAGGGUGGCCUUUGUUCCAUGAGCUCACCCCGCAUCCUGCUGCCGGUCACUCCUCUGUGCCCCUCUAUUUGGAUACGCGGCUAUCUAUUUACCUCAUCGUCUUUAACAACAAAUCAGCUUCCUGGCUCCAGGCUCAGUGCGGAUUUGAGUUUCUCAUCUUUUCUCCCACUCUUCCGGCCCAGUCAAUAGUGCUUCUCAUUUCUGCGGGUCAGGAACUGGGAUCUCCUUCUUGCCUACCUCAUGCCUUCUGCCUUCUAAUAGCACUUUCGAGUUGGUUUAGUCUGCAGCCUCUCUAAUGACAUUUCCCCCGCCAGUGGUCCUCACUCCUUUCUCCCUCAGCGCACAGUGCAUCCCUGUGGUGGCUCCCCCGCUGCGACUGUCACUCCGUCCGAGUCCUUCAACGUUCUUAACUACUAAAGUUCCUAGAUAUUUAGCAGUUCUUAACUCUGGGUUUGGAGUUCCAGAAUUAACUUUUUUGGGGGGUGGGAGGUGAGGGAUGGAUAAUCUUUCACUGUGUAACCCCCAGCUGGCCUAGAACUAUGUAAGCCAGGCUAGCCUUGAAUUCACAGAGCUCCGACUGCCUCCCUGGUACAGAGAUU